AUGUGGCUUACAACAGUACAUUUCAAAAGUGUUGCAAUUGUCUUUGAAGCUACUGUCGAGGCAAAUCUGCUCAGCAUAGAUGACAGUGAUGGACCUUUCAGUACCAAUGAAGAAAGAAAGUCACUUCGUUGUCGGCCUGGAGCUGUCGGCACCAGUGGCGAUUCCUUAAAAACGUAUGCAAGGCGAGGCAAAGCUGGAGGCUUGAGACUUUUUAAAGGGAACUCAAUUGGCCUCAACAUGAUGGGAAAUAGCAAGAAACUGAGUGAAAAUGCUCAGAACAUGUCUUGUCCUGUAACUGUGGUACAUGGUAGACGUUUUCACCAUGCGCAUGCACAGACAACAGUAGUAAAAACGGCAGCCCAGAGCAAUCUGGAUCGAAAGGAAAGAAAAGAAUACCCCCCUCAGCUUCAGAAAGUAGAAGCAGACCACAUUAGGUUACCACGGUCUCAAGGAGUGGACAGUAUAAUGGAAAACAGAGAAGAGUCGGAAUCAGAAUCAGAAUCUGAAAUUAAGAGAAAGGUGCAACAGAAACGUCACUGCAAUUCAUAUCAAUCUGACUUGACUCUAUCUUCUGCUACAAAAAAAUGCUUAACUCAGUUAAAGCUUUUGGAACAAAUUGAUUAUUCUACUAAUUGCCCAAAUUGUGGGCGGGCGAAUGAAAAUCAGACCAAAUGCCGACAUUGUGAAAGUGCUUCUCUGCAAAGAGUCUCCAGACAAACUGUGACAUUAAGUGAAUCUGUGGGACCUUUAUCACGUUCUUCAAUACAUCAGAAUUCAACAGGGCAAAAAUCUUCAGGUACAGGGUUCAACACAAAGAAGUUUUAUAGUUCUGCUGUUGGGAAGGGUCCAACGGAUAUUCUACUGAGUAAUGAAGUUGUAGGACAUUCUAUGUUGCGACAGAAUGGAAAAGUUGGUCUUGUAACUGGGACAAAAAAUCCUAAAAUUACAGGAAGCUUAAGACAGAGGAGUACAAGACCAUCUGAACUAAAUGAUCCAAUUGUUUUGUCUAGUGAUGAUGAUGAGGAGGAGGAUAGUGGCAGCACUAGGAGAAUGGAAAGCAUUUCACCUCGUCCUGCAGAUUCAGCCCGCUCCUCCCCAGCUCCUUCUACAGGAAAGGUGGAAGCAGCAUUAAAGGAAAACAGUUGUGGAAUAGAACAGAGAAUAGGUAGUAUAACAACAGAUACAGAAAUUGCAGUCACACUACCAAGAAAAGCAAGAAUGAAAGAUCAGUUUGGGAACAUUGUGUCUAACACUCCAAUAAAACGUCGUAAAGUUAUUUCUCAAGAGAUUGUAACUGAGGCUGUACCACUAAAUUAUCAAAAUUCCUGUGAAAGUGUCAUUCUGAACUGUCGGAGUAUACGAAUAGGAACGCUACGAAGAAUGGUAGUGGAACCUGUGAUUUUUUGCCUGGAUUAUAUCAAAAUACGCCUAGAAAGUCAAGAAGAAUCAGAAAGUGAUAUCCGAGAGAUUAACCUGAAAACUUCAGAACUUACCAAAUGUGAAUGGUGUAGUGUACGAAAAUUGCCAGUAGUUUUCUUACAAACAGUACCAUCAACCUGUAGUAGCCUGAGAGAACAACUGAAAAUGAGUAAAGAUAAUGUCUGGUACGAAUGUAAAGGAGACAGUCAAGAAGAACAGUAUAUCAUUUUAAUUUUUGAAACUGGUCUUGAUCCUCAUGCAAACUCAAUAUUUGAAAAAAUCAUUACUGACAUUGGUAUUAGAAAUAAUAUUUCUGACUUCUUUGUGAAAAUUUCCUUUGAAGAAGCCAAUGGCAGGCUUGUUGCUUUUACCAAGUGCUUGGAAGACAAUUCCAAAGGAAGCCCAUCUCACAGAGAAAACAAAAUAAAAAAUGUUGCUUCUGAAUCCAAAAUGCAGCAGAGAAAUAAACAGUUACCAUAUUUUGAUGAUGAUGAAGAAAUUGGAGAACCACAUACAGUAUUUAUUGGUCCUAUUGAAAAGUUGAUAGUUUAUCCACCUCCUCCAGCUAAAGGUGGUAUUUCUGUGACCAACGAAGACCUCCAUUGUCUAAAUGAAGGAGAGUUUUUAAAUGAUGUUAUUAUUGAUUUUUAUUUAAAAUAUUUGGUACUUGAAAAACUGAAAAAAGAAGAUGCUGAUAGAAUACAUGUGUUCAGCUCAUUCUUCUAUAAACGCCUUAAUCAAAGGGAAAGGAGAAAUAUUCAUGAAACUUCAAACCUUUCAAUACAACAAAAACGACACGGGCGAGUAAAAACAUGGACACGACAUGUUGACAUUUUUGAGAAAGAUUUCAUUUUUGUUCCCCUUAAUGAAGCUGCCCACUGGUUUUUGGCUGUCAUCUGUUUUCCUGGUUUAGAAAAACCCAAAUACGAACCAAAUCCCCACUAUCAUGAAAAUGCUGCAACACAGCUAAAAUCUCCCUCUUCAGAUGGAGAGAGAAACACACCAUCUCCUUUGCCAAAUGAAUUAGAUGCACAAAACUCACCUUCCAAGUCCACAGCAAAGAAGACGUUGACCAAAAAGUAUAAUACAGCUUUAAUUGACCCAAACACUGAAACAGAGGACAGUGAGUCUUCGUGUUGUAGAAGAAGUCCUUGUAGGGGAAAAAGUGCUUUCAAAAAACUAAAUCAAAUAGACAGUGAUGUGGAAGAACCUAACACUGUGGAAUCAGCAUGCCAUAAACUAGACCAUAGGACUCUGGAUGAGAAUGGUAUACAGGGUGAAUUCACAACUGCUAGCCAAUCUAUGGGUAUGUAAUUGUAAAAAUAGCACAUUUUAAUGAAAAACUGUGAGAUUUCACAUCUGUUACUACUUCUGCAGUUGUGUAAACUUCAAGCUUUGAAAGUUCAGUAUGUGGCUGAAGUUUGAGUGCUUGCAAUAUAAGUAAUUUAUAGCCA